AUGGUUCAUAAACAAAUACAAAUUUAUAAAGAUCUUGGCACUUCAGAACAAUGUUACAUUCAUUUGAAAAAUGCAUUUCAAUAUUUAACAUCUUUAUAUAAAAUUGAAGAAAUAAAUAGUACAAUAAUAAAUAAUCAAAAUAUACAAUCAAAUUUAUUAUGUUUUGGUGGUGGUUAUGAUUUAGGCUAUUUAAACUCAUUACAAUUAUCUGGUUGUUUGAAUAUACAUAAUUAUAUUAAAGAAAAUAUGGGUAGAUAUCUUGGUAUUUGUGCUGGUGCUUAUUUCGCUUGUGAUUAUUGCUAUUUCGAUAUGAAUGGUCCACUUGAAGUGUAUGGUGAAAGAUAUAUCAAAUUAUUUCAAGGUAUUGGAUCAGGUCCAGUUUUCCCUGGUUUUCAAUAUAACAGUGAAAAUGGGAGUUAUGCAGUUUCUAUUCAAGCUGUAUCAAAAAAUUUAAUACCACAAACAGCUACUGUUUAUUAUAAUGGAGGAUGUACAUUUGAAUCUAUUAAUUGGGAGGAUUCACAAGUUUUAUAUACAUACUCGGAUAAUGGAAAACCGGCUAUUAUUGGUUCGAAAUUAGGGAAUGGUUGUGGUAUUUUAAGUGGUGUUCACUUUGAAUAUGAUCCGUAUUUAUUAGAAAAGCAAAUAUACAAUGUUGAUCCUGAGAAUAAUGGUAAUGCUGAUACCAUAAACAAUUAUGAAUUUAUUGAAACAUUGAAGACGAAUAAUUCAUCUCGUUUGAAAUUAUUUGAAACUUUAAUUACACUUUUGUUGAAUCCUGACAAUGAAUCAGUUUUAAUGAAAUAA